AUGGUUAAUCUGAUUUUUUGUAUACAUGUAUGUUUGUGUAGAUUGAGGCAUAGAUCUGGUCCUGAUUGGNGUGGUCUUCAUUGUUAUGAGGAUUGUUAUUUGGCUCAUGAGCGUUUGGCCAUCGUUGACCCCACUUCCGGAGACCAACCGCUUUACAAUGAAGACAAAGCCAUCGUUGUCACGAUAUACAAUCACAAGGCUUUGCGUGAAAAUCUCAAGUCUCACCAGUUCCGUACUGGGAGUGAUUGUGAAGUGAUUGCCCAUCUUGAGGUGGUACAACCCCCCACAUGGUUCUCUGAAUUGGUUCCUUCAACCCCUUAUAAUCUUUUAGUAGUGCGCGAUACUUUUGAGAAGGCUAUUAUAAAGAGACUAAUAACCGAUGUGUCUUUUGGUGUCCUUCUCUCUGGAGGAUUAGACUCAUCCCCUGUUGCAUCAGUGACUUUACGCCAUUUGGAAAAAUCAGAAGCUGCUCGUCAAUGGGGUUCAAAGUUGCACACAUUUUGUAUCGGAUCCCCGGAUCUUAAAGCUAGUAAAGAAGUUGCUGACUAUCUAGGAACUCGCCACCACGAGUUACACUUUACAGUUCAGGAAGGGAUAAAUGCAAUAGAAGAAGUUAUAUACCAUGUUGAGACCUAUGACGUGACUACUAUAAGAGCCAGUACUCCGAUGUUUUUAAUGUCAAGAAAAAUCAAAUCGCUUGGUGUAAAGAUGGUUCUUUCUGGGGAAGGAUCUGAUGAAAAUUUUGGAGGAUAUUUGUACUUCUAUAAAGCACCAACAAGAAGGAAUUCCAUGAAGAAACAUGCCGAAAGGGCCAACAAAUCAACUUCUACAUGGGGUGUUGAGGCUCGUGUACCUUUCCUCGAUAAAGAAUUUAUUAAUGUCGCAAUGAGCAUUGAUCCACAGUGGAAAAUGAUUAGGCCUGAUCUCGGAAGGAUUGAAAAAUGGGUGUUGCGCAAUGCCUUUGAUGAUGAGCAAAAUCCUUAUCUACCAAAGCACAUUUUAUACCGGCAGAAAGAACAGUUCAGUGAUGGAGUUGGAUACAGUUGGAUUGAUGGUCUGAAAGAUCAUGCAAACAAACAAGUCUAUGACACAAUGCUGAUGAACACAAGCUUUGUCUUCCCUGAUAACACACCUGUGACAAAGGAAGCUUACUACUACAGAACCAUCUUUGAAAUGUUCUUCCCUAAGAGCGCUGCUAGAGCAACAGUACCAGGAGGUCCAAGUGUAGCUUGUAGACAGUACAUCAAAAGCUGUAGAAUGGGAUGCAACUUGGUCACAAAAUCUUGA